UGACAGGAAGCAAAACGCACACAGCAGGGCAAUAGUUUACAUGGUACACCAGGCUGUCAUAUGGCAACUGAUGCGCAUGAACUUCGGGGGAAUUUCGUGAGGCCAUUCACCUAACUCUAUCUCUUCGGACUAUGGGAGGAAACCUGCUGAAACAUGGAUGGGAACGUUGAUUUUCUUAUUCUGCCUGGGUACAUUGACUUUACAGCGGACCAGGUGGACCUGACGUCAGCACUAACUAAACAAAUCACCAUGAAGACUCCUUUCGUGUCGUCUCCCAUGGACACGGUGACAGAGUCAGGGAUGGCCAUCGCCAUGGCGCUCACCGGAGGCAUUGGUUUUAUUCAUCACAAUUGCACGCCAGAAUUCCAGGCUAAUGAAGUGCGCAAAGUCAAGCGGUAUGAACAGGGCUUCAUCACAGACCCGGUGGUCAUGAGCCCGAGUGCCCGUGUGAAGGAUGUUUUCGAGGCCAAGGCCCGACACGGCUUCUGCGGCAUCCCCAUUACAGACAACGGCCAAAUGGGCGGCCGCCUCGUCGGCAUCAUCUCUUCCCGGGACAUCGACUUCCUCAAGGAGGAGGAGCAUCACCUGCCGCUCAGUGAGGUAAUGACCAAAGUUGAGGACCUGGUGGUAGCUCAAGCAGGAGUGACUUUGAAAGAGGCAAAUGAGAUCCUGCAACGCAGCAAGAAGGGUAAGCUGCCCAUCGUGAACGAGGAUGGCUGCCUGGUGGCCAUCAUCGCCCGUACAGACUUGAAGAAGAACCGCGACUUCCCACUGGCUUCUAAGGAUUCGCGGAAACAGCUGCUGUGUGGCGCUGCCAUUGGGACGCACAUGGACGACCGGUACCGGCUGGACCUGCUGGUGCAGAGUGGGGUGGACGUAGUGGUGCUGGACUCAUCUCAAGGUAACUCGAUCUUCCAGAUCGAAAUGAUCAAGUACAUCAAGGAGAAAUACCCCAGCCUGCAAGUUAUUGGGGGCAAUGUCGUAACGGCAGCUCAGGCCAAGAACCUCAUCGAUGCUGGAGUGGAUGGUCUGCGCGUUGGAAUGGGUAGUGGAUCCAUCUGUAUAACGCAGGAAGUGCCCGUCUUUGUACCUCCCAGUAUUAAGCUCCACAGCCCCAAAACCCCAUCCACUGUUACAGGAUAUUCCAUGCUGGCAUGUGGCCGUCCCCAGGCUACAGCGGUGUAUAAGGUGUCGGAGUACGCACGCCGCUUUGGCGUCCCCGUCAUCGCCGACGGAGGCAUCCAGACGGUCGGCCACAUCUCCAAGGCGCUGGCGCUCGGAGCCUCCACCGUAAUGAUGGGCUCCCUGCUUGCCGCCACCACCGAAGCCCCCGGGGAGUACUUCUUCUCCGACGGGAUCAGGCUGAAGAAAUACCGCGGCAUGGGCUCACUGGACGCCAUGGAUAAGAACCUGGGCUCACAGAUGCGCUACUUCAGUGAAUGUGAUAAGAUUAAGGUGGCACAGGGAGUGUCUGGUGCAGUGCAGGACAAGGGAUCCAUCCACAAGUUUGUCCCCUACCUUCUGGCUGGGAUCCAGCAUUCCUGUCAGGACAUCGGGGCCAAGAGCCUCACUCAGCUCAGGGCCAUGAUGUAUUCCGGAGAUUUGAAGUUUGAAAAGAGGACAGCGUCCGCACAGAUGGAAGGAGGAGUCCACAGUUUGCACAGUUAUGAGAAACGAUUGUUUUGAAGAUUAUGGAGCCAUUGAAUCAAACUUUUCUAUUCGUUCACAUGACUCCUGACAAACCUGCUCCUUAAAGCAAAUAUUCAGAUACACACAAAACACCAGAAUUGUCACCGAAUACCUGCCUGCCAGGUAUCCAACUAUUCUCUCAUUGUCUUCCAAAUAAUAAGUCACUCUUAUUUAAAGAGAUUUGCAUAUUACUGGAUGCAUGUGUCUAAAGCGGGCACUUUCAUGCAUUCUUUAAAAUAAAGUUUAAGCUUUUAAAAUAAA